AUGACCGGCUACGAGUUUUUCCCAAUCCGUGAGCUGUCCACCUAUCAGACGAAGUGGACAAUCAAAGGCCGUGUGACCAGCAAAGCACCGCUGAGAACGUUCAAGCAGAGAAACGGAAGUGGCCAGGGCAAGGUCUUUCAUGUGGAGCUGCUUGAUGUUGAGGGCGGAGAGAUCCGUGCAAGCUUCUUCAAUGAUGCGGCGGAGAAGCACUUUGAACUGAUGGAGGUUGGCAAGUGCUUCACUCUCAGCAAGGGGCAGGUCAAGCUCGCGAACAGGCAGUUCAAUGCCUGCAAGCAUCGCUAUGAGCUUGUCUUCGACAAAGCAUCCCAGGUUGAUCAAGUUGCAGAUGAUGGAAAGAUUGACGCCGUCAAGUUCACCGUGGUGGAACUGCGCUCCGUGCAGGGCAAGGCAUUGCCAUGUAGCGUGGACGUUUGUGGCAUCGUCACGGCCUUCGACAAAGCCUUUGCCUUUACCUCCAAGGACGGGAAAGAUCUUGUCAAGAGAACUUUGACCCUAGCAGACGACAGCGGCAUCAGCAUGCAAGUCACAAUAUGGGGCGAUCGCGCCAAAAAGGAUGACUCGGAGUUUCAGGGCCAUCCAGUGGUCGUCAUGAAGGGAGUAACGGUGAAGGAAUGGCAAGGAGGCUUGAGCGGGUCCUUGAUGGAGAGCGGCUCGCUGGCUUUCAACCCUGAGAUGCCCGAAGCGCAGAAGGUAAAAGCCUGGUGGACACAGGGUGGCCAUGCGCAGAACCUGACCUUGAUCUCGCAGACAACUGGCGGUGCCGGAGCUCGAAUCGCUGGCAAGCUCAUGGAUGUGUUGGAGAUGAAGCAGAAGUCCGAGCAGCUUCUAAACGAGCAGGAGAUGUACUCUGCCUACUGCCGGCUUGCCUCAGUCCAGCUUCGCAAGAGGGACGACAUCCAGCCGCUCUACUACAAUGCCUGCUUGGAGCCAAAGGAAGGCAACGGCCUGCCGUGUAAUCGGCGUGUCGACGACAGUAGUUUCUGCGCUGUGUGCAACAAGGUGGUCAAGGCUGCACCACGUCUCAAUUUGCGCUGCCGAUUCGAAGAUGCAACUGGCAACUUCUGGGUCACGACUUUCCACCAGGCGGCCGAGAAAGUUCUUGGAAUGACGGCGCAGGAGGUUGCUGACAUCGAGAACAACCAGGGGCGCGAGGCUGUGGAGGCCAAGAUGAAGAGUUGCUACUAUGCUCGGAUCGUGCAGGUGCAGCUGCGUGCGAAGCCGGACAGCUACAACGGCGAGCAGCGAACAAAUGUUUCCUGCACUUCAGCUCAGCCGAUCAAUCGACGCGAGCAUGGACGGUUCAUGCUGAAAGAGAUUGAGGACAUGUUGGCGAAGGCUGUCUGUUGA